AGAGCGAGGGAGCGUGGUGACGCCACUUCCGCCUGGGAGACGUGGCUCGGGGCAGCCAUCUUGUGUGGUAGAAGCCUCUGAAGGUAGCGGGAGCCCGACCGGAGAAGGAGCAGGAGACACCGCCGCAGUCAUGGUGCUCCUGGCGGCCGCUGUCUGCACCAAGGCCGGGAAGGCCAUCGUCUCGCGGCAGUUUGUGGAGAUGACCCGGACCCGCAUCGAGGGGCUGCUGGCAGCCUUCCCCAAACUGAUGAACACCGGGAAGCAGCACACCUUCGUGGAGACGGAGAGCGUGCGCUACGUCUACCAGCCCAUGGAGAAGCUGUACAUGGUGCUCAUCACCACCAAGAACAGCAACAUCCUGGAGGACCUGGAGACCCUCAGGCUCUUCUCUCGAGUGAUCCCUGAAUACUGUAGAGCACUAGAAGAGAGUGAGAUCUCUGAACAUUGUUUUGAUCUAAUAUUUGCCUUUGAUGAGAUCGUUGCGCUUGGCUACCGAGAGAACGUCAACCUGGCUCAGAUCCGCACUUUUACAGAGAUGGACUCUCAUGAGGAGAAAGUCUUCAGAGCUGUCCGUGAGACACAAGAACGUGAGGCCAAAGCUGAAAUGCGCCGGAAAGCCAAGGAGUUGCAGCAGGCACGCAGAGACGCUGAGCGUCGGGGCACAAAAGCACCAGGCUUUGGUGGGUUUGGCAGCUCUGCUGUGUCGGGAGGAACCACAGCUGCCAUGAUUACAGAAACCAUUAUUGAAACUGAGAAACCCAAAGUGACUCCAAUGUCAUCCAGGCCCUCCGGCUCCAACAAGGCACUCAAGCUUGGCGCCAAAGGGAAGGAAGUGGACAAUUUUGUGGACAAGCUGAAAUCUGAAGGAGAAAACAUCAUUGCCUCAUCUGUUGGGAAGCGGUCCUCGGACGCAGCUGCAGUUCUUGCUCCACCUAUUAACAUGGAGAGUGUGCAUAUGAAAAUAGAAGAGAAAAUUUCCCUGACCUGCGGCCGGGACGGUGGCCUUCAGAACAUGGAGCUGCAUGGCAUGAUCAUGUUGCGGAUUCUGGAUGAAAAGUUUGCCCGGAUUCGCAUCCAUGUUGAGAAUGAGGACAAGAAAGGAGUGCAGCUCCAGACUCACCCCAAUGUUGACAAGAAGCUUUUUACAGCAGAGUCUCUGAUAGGCCUGAAGAACCCAGAUAAGUCUUUCCCCAUAAAUAGUGAUGUGGGAGUGCUGAAGUGGCGGCUGCAGACAACAGAGGAAUCAUUCAUCCCGCUGACAAUUAACUGCUGGCCAUCGGAGAGUGGCAGUGGUUGUGACGUCAACAUUGAGUAUGAGCUGCAGGACGAGAGCCUGGAACUGAAUGAUGUGGUGAUCACCAUCCCUCUGCCGCCUGGGGUGGGCGCUCCUGUGAUCGGGGAGAUUGAUGGGGAGUAUCGCCAUGACAGCCGGAGGAACACCCUCGAGUGGUGCUUGCCUGUGAUCGAUGCCAAAACUAAGAGUGGCAGCCUGGAAUUCAGUAUUGCUGGGCAGCCCAAUGACUUCUUCCCCGUUCAUGUCUCCUUCAUCUCCAAGAAGAAUUACUGCAACAUCCAGGUUACUAAAGUGACCCAGGUGGAUGGGAACAGCCCUGUGAGGUUUUCCACAGAGACUACCUUCCUCGUGGACAAAUAUGAGAUUCUGUAACCCUUGCUGCUGCUGGGAUGUACCAACCAAGACUAAAACCUUUGGGGAAAGCGGACUGCAGCUUUUCCAUGUCAGGAGACACUGAGCUGUUCGUUUGCCCACCGACCUUUCCAGGGCAAAGCCAGACAGGGAGAGACUGCUUGCUUCUCUAGCACAGCUGGCUGGGCCCCCUUCCUCUUCCUCAUCUCCCUACACCUUUAAGCUCACUCCUCCUGUGCUUUCAUUCACAGCGGUUCUCCCUCCCCCUCCUCUCCCACUAUCCCCAGGGGAUCCUUCUCCUUGCAGGCCACUUAAAGCUGCUGAGAGUGGUGUGGCUGUUCCUCUUUUCUGCACCUUCCCUUUGGCCAGUGCACCAACAUGGCAGCUAGCCCCUCAGCAGUACCAGCUGCUGGCACUCCCUUUCUUGAUGCCAAGGAGCCUUUACCAGCCAGCCUGGCCUGGUGGCGGGUGCAGAGGAGUUGUUGGUGCUGUGCAGCUCCUUCUUGACAUCACCCCUGAGUGCUCCUCCCUUCCUUUGUUGCUGAGGCAGCUGCACAUCUGGAGGAAUGGCCUAUAGCUCUGGGGAGGGGAGCAGCCAGUGGCGCCUAGCACAUGACCGUUUGUGCCCCCUCCACCCGCUAAAGAAGUUACCAGCCUCUCCUGGGUCGCCUGGCUGCUGAUGUGACUCUUUCCAAAGUGCCCUGGGGGCAGGGGAUAUCUCUGUACCAUAGGUUAGUAUCUAUGAAACUUACUGAUCCAGCUGUGUUCAAGAGUUGUCUGUCUAAUUUUUAAAACUGAGUUUAAAUGUAGUUCCACCAUCAAAUUAGGUUUUUUUUUCUCUCCUAAAUUUACUUGGGGUGGUGGGGGUGAUAUUUAAAGAUUUUGUAACCCUGUAAAAUAAUGCAUUAGGCCUUAUAACAUUCCAGUGUACACACAGUCCCUGCUCUUGAAUCCAAUAAAAAGUAUUCUGCAAGGAGA